AACACAGAAGCUCCACGUGUGAGUCCGUCCAGCCGCGCAGAGCCGCAGCGGACAGCCGGAGACAGAGCACCGCGGCCCGGCCAGCCGAGCCACGACCACCCGGAGACAGAGCACCGCGGCCCGGCCAGCCGAGCCACGAACACCCGGAGACAGAGCACCGCGGCCCGGCCAGCCGAGCCACGAACACCCGGAGACAGAGCACCGCGGCCCGGCCAGCCGAGCCACGAACACCCGGGGGAGAGCGACCCUGUCCGGCCAGCUGCAGAAUGUCUGAAGAGAUCCCAAAUGAGGAGCAGCCCCAGUGCUCCCAGUCCUCCCAGGGCUCCACCCUGUCCCCGUCCCAGGCUCGCUCCCAGUCCCAGUCCCAGUCCCAGUCCCAGUCCCAGUCCCAGGGGGGCUCCAGCUCGUCCAGCGGGCCCACCUCAGCCAGCCAGUCGUCCAGCGGCUCCGGGACGCUGAGCAGCGUUGACACCCUCCCCGUCCCGCUGUCGUCUGUCCCGGAGGAGCCGCAGCCGCAGCCCUGGGGCCGCCUGCUGCCCAUGAAGCAGGGCUUCAGAGCACACGACUGUGUGGAGGAGGAGUAUCUGUUUGGCCGGGAGUCCAGCUGCCACUACGUGUUUGGGGCGAGCAGUGACCGAAAGCGAAUCCAACAGUACAGCAAGAAACACUUCAGGCUUUACAGAGAGGGCACCAUAGCCUAUGUGGAGGACCUCAGUAACAACGGGACGUUUGUAGAUGGGAAGCUGAUUGGACGAAAGAAGGUGCUUCCACUGGUCAACAACGCUGUGCUCUCAUUGGCUGAGGAGCGCAACCAAGUGUUUGUGUUCAUUGACCUGAUGACAGACAAGCAGAGCAGUUUCCCCAAAGACUUCGAGGACAAAUAUCUGGUGUCCCGCAGGAUCGGCACAGGUGUGUGUGGCGAGGUCAUGCUGGCGUUUGAGAGGGCGACCUGCCGGAAGGUCGCCGUCAAAAUCAUUUACAAGAAGAACUUCCCGUCAGAGGGGACAGCGACUCGUAACGCGCAGAGGGAGAUCGAGAUCCUGCGGAAGAUUGACCAUCCUUGUCUCAUCAGGACAGAGGACUUCUAUCAGACAGACGACUGUUACUACAUCGUCCUGGAGCUGAUGGAGGGCGGCGAGCUCUUCUACAGGGUGAAGUCCCAGCAGCAGCUGAAGGAGGGCGUGGCCAAGCUCUACUUCUACCAGAUGCUGCGUGCGGUGGAGUACCUCCACAGGAACGGGAUUAUCCACCGGGAUCUGAAACCUGACAACAUCCUGCUGGGGUCUCAAGACGACAUCUGCCUGGUCAAGGUGACAGACUUUAACCAGUCCCGGAUCCUGGAGGAGGCGGCGUUGAUGCGGACGCUGUGCGGCACGCCCUCCUACCUCGCCCCAGAGGUUUUCACGCACGCCGUCACCACGGGAUACGGCAUCGCCGUGGACGCCUGGAGCCUCGGAGUGCUGCUGUUUGUCUGUCUUGGUGGUUAUCCUCCAUUCCAUGAGAACUUCGGUAAGGGCAGCGUCAGGGAUCAGAUCGUGCAGGGGGAGUUCAUCAUGCUGCAGUCCAAGUGGAGACACGUGUCCAACCAGGCGAAGGACAUGGUGAGGAAGCUGCUGGUGGUGGAUCCCUCCCAGAGGAUGACGAUAGAGGAAGCCCUGCAGCACCCGUGGCUCCAGGACCCUGUGAUGUUGGAGCAGGCUCACAGUCUCAUGUACCCUGCAGCUGCUGCUGCUGACGCCAGCGCCAUGCAGCCCCCCCCUCAGGAAGUGUCCAGGAGGAAGAGGAGGCGAGACGAUGAAGACGAGGACCAUCCUGCAAAAAGGAGCCAAGCCCCGCCCCCUGCCCAGCCGUAGAGCAGGGCAGCCAAUCAGGUGCCACUACGCCAAGGCACGAAUUCUCCACCGGGUCGAGCGAGGGGCCCGGGGGCCCGGGGGCCUCCAACCACCCACUGUUUUUGUUUUUGUUUGUUUCUAUAAAUCAAAUAAAUGAAGAGUGUCUGUCUGUCAAAAUGUGAACCAAUCAGCACAAAGUUAGUUGACGUGCAAACCAGAAAACUCUUGUGAUUGGUUCUCUGAUGAGGCGGCGGCUCAGGGGUCGUGACCUCCACAAGGUCCCUGCACUCCUGCCCCUGCCGCCCCGCCUGCAUCGUCACCCCGACUCAGAACUGAACCUAAAGUCUGCUGUGGACCGGGACAGCAGGAACUGUCCCCUGUGAGCCCCUGACCCCUGACCCCUGACCCCGGCCCCCCGGCCCCCCGGCCCCCGGCCCAGCUGUCAGGAUGAGGGGCUGGAUGAUGUUUAAUGCACUGCAGAAUAAGAUCGUCCCGUAGUGUCCCGGCUCCUCAGGAUAGGGGUUGGCCCGGGGCAGCACCCAGAGGACAGGUGUGACCUCUGACCUCAGGGUCUUCCUGAUCUGUGACAGGUGGGGGGGGGUCUUGUCAAUAACAUGUCUGCUCUGCUGUCUGUGUGUUGAGUGUCUGCUGUACUCCUCAUCCUUCAUGUACCGUAUUUCCCUAGUUAAUCGCCCGGGUGUUUGAAUCCCCCUGGACUCCAGAGGGCUGUACUCUGAAGGAGGCUCAACAUAGCCAGGCUUUGUGUUCACUAUCAGGCUCAACAAAACCUAAAGCUCUAGUCAAAGUUAAGUGGUAUCACGACGAUG